GCUGAGGGCAGUGCUGAGGCGGUGCUGAGGGCAGGACGGCCCCUCCGCCGCCCUCCCUCCCCUCCCGGCUCCUUCGCGCGCUGCUGGGCUGCUCCGCGCCGCGCUGAGGCACCACGAUGGCUGUUCUCUCCAAGGAAUAUGGCUACGUCAUGCUGACCGGGGCUGCCAGCUUUGUCCUGGUCACGCACCUCGCCAUAAAUGUGGGCAACGCCCGCAAGAAGUACCAUGUGGAGUACCCAACCAUGUACAGCACAGACCCCGAACAUGGGCAGAUGUUCAACUGCAUCCAGCGUGCGCACCAGAACACAUUGGAAGUCUACCCUGCUUUCCUGUUCUUUUUAAGCACUAGUGGACUCUACCACCCAAGAGUUGCCACAGGGCUUGGCGUGGCCUGGAUCUUUGGGAGACUCCUCUAUGCCUAUGGCUACUACACAGGAGAUCCCAAAAACCGAAAAAGAGGGGCCCUUGGCUCCCUGGCACUCCUUGGGCUGGUGGGCACAGGCAUCUAUUCAGCCUGCCAGCACCUGGGCUGGGUCUGCGAGCCCAGGUGCCGAUGCUAAAGAGAGUUUUCUUCUGUUUUCUUUUAGAACACUUGACUUCCGGUGUUUGUUCUCUUUUCUUACUCAAUAAAGGAAGUUGUCUGUUCUGUGUUUUCA